AUGGUCCGCCUCGUCUCCACGCUCCUCAGCGGCCUCGCGCUGCUGGGCGCCGCGGCGGCCACCGUCGCCGACCUCACGCCGGAUAACUUCGACGACAUCGUCCUGCAGUCGGGCAAGCCGGCCCUCGUCGAAUUCUUCGCUCCGUGGUGCGGACACUGCAAGAACCUGGCGCCGGUGUACGAAGAGCUCGGCGCCUCUUACGCGUGGGCCGCCGACAAGAAGGUCACCAUCGCCAAGGUCGACGCCGACGCGCACCGGUCCCUGGGACAGAGGUUCGGCGUCAGCGGGUUCCCGACGCUGAAGUGGUUCGACGGGAAGAGCGACAAGCCCGAGGAUUACAAGGGCGGGAGGGACUUGGAGAGCUUGCAGGCGUUCGUGGCGGAGAAGAGCGGCGUCAAGGCGAAGAGCAAGGCGAAGGCGCCGAGUGAGGUCGUGAUGUUGGAUGACAAGUCGUUUGGGGAGGUGGUGGGGAGUGAGAAGGAUGUGUUGGUGGCGUUUACGGCGCCGUGGUGUGGUCACUGCAAGAGCCUCGCGCCCAUCUACGAGACGCUCGCGCAGGAUUUCAAGCUCGAGCCGGACGUCGUCAUCGCAAAGGUCGAUGCCGAGGCGCCCAACGCGAAGGCCACGGCCCAAGAGCAGGGCGUCAAGUCGUACCCUACCAUCAAGUUCUUCCCCAAGGGCAACUCGGCGCCCAUCGAGUACGGCGGCGGCCGCUCCGAGGCCGCCUUCAUCACCUUCCUCAACGAGAAGGCUGGCACGCACCGCGCCAUCGGCGGCGGUCUUGACGCGCUCGGCGGCACCGUCGAGGCGCUCAAUGAGGUCGUCGAGCAGUUCUACGGCAAGUGGGCCGAUGGUGCUGAGAAGGCGAAGGAGGUUGCCGCGUCGGCACAGGGCAAGUACAAGGAUUACUACACGAAGGUCUUCGAGAAGAUUGCGGCCAAUGAGGAGUAUGCGGAGAAGGAGAUUGGUCGUCUCGAGGGUAUGCUGAAGAAGGGCGGCUUGGCGCCGGAGAAGGUGGACGACCUGACCAGCAGGACAAACAUUCUGAAGCUGUUCGGUAAGAAGGAUGAGGGCAAGAGCGAGUUGUAA